AAAAGAUGUCCCCGUGGCGCGAGGGCCGGAGCGCGAGGGCAGGGGCGCGAGGGCAGGGGCGCGAGGGCCGGGGCGCGAGGGCCGGAGCGCGAGGGUCGGGGCGCGAGGGCCGGGGCGCGAGGGCCGAGGCGCGAGGGCCGGGGCGCGAGGGCCGGGGCGCGAGGGUCGGGGCGCGAGGGCGCGGCUGACGGCUUGCCGCGCGGGGCGUGCUGCGCAGGCAAGGAGAAGCUGGGCGUGCUCGCGACUGAGCCCGUGCGCCUGGUGUUGGAGAGCGACGGCACGCAGGUGGAGGACGGCGAAUACUUCCGAACGCUGCCCAACAACACGGUGCUGCUGCUCCUGCGCCAGGGCGAGCGCUGGUACCCCUCGGGAAUCGUAUGCGAGACAAUCCACGCUUUGGAGCUGCAUGAUGAGACGCCGUCUUGGAAGAUCAUGGACAACAAGGGACGCGUCACGGUCGUCCUGCACUGGGACCAGCGCCAGCAGCAGCAGCAGCAACAGCAGCAGAAGGGCGAGGCGGCGGCCAAGUUCUCGCCCAGCAAGAAGGCGGAAGGCGCGUCCCUGGUGAUCCAGACGAGCCUGGAGAAGCUGGGCAUCCACGGGGCGGGAGCGGGCGCGGGCGCGGGCGGCAAGAAGGAAACGCUCAUCAACGACGUGUACCCGCCGGCGGGCGGCUCGUCUCCCUCGCCCGCGCCGGCGUCCGCGCCGGGCCCCGGCCCCGGCCCCGGCGCCGGCGCCGGGCCCCCGCGCUACGCCACCAGUCCUCAAAUCACUGUGAUAAACCACGACGAGCUGGGCGCCAGCCACCACCCGCACCACCACCACCACCCCCCGCACCGACUCACCAAGCAAGGCACCAGCUCGUUCGAGAGCACCACCAUCCACAUCCACACGCCCGAGUGCGCCAACCACGCCCACCUGCCCCGCAGCGGCAGCCCCGGCGACGGGGCCGCCGCCAACUCCACGGCCGAGUGCGACUUCCACUGCUGCGCGCUGCACGAGGAGGGGCGGAAGAUCGCCGUGCACAAGUCGGUGGCCACGUCGCCCAUCCAGGACGCGCAGCAGCAGACGUCGCCGCAGCCGUCGUCGCUGGCGGACGCGUCGCGGCGCGCCGCGCUCGGCAAGGGCGGCCAGCACGUGCGCUUCCUGGACAUCGAGGGCGGCGGCGCGCUCAUGGGCAGGCCGCAGCCGCCCGACCACGACAGCUCCGAGUCGGAGACGGAAACCACCGUCAUGGAGGACGAGGCCAUCACCUCGGAGAAGUUCCUGCUCCUCAUCGACCAGCUGUCCGUGGACCAGAAGCGGCACCUCACCAUCAAGGACAUCGGCAUCAUCCUGGAGCGGCUCAGCUCCAAGAUCCUGGACGUGGAGCGGCUGGACCGCGAGAGCGAGAGCGACGACUGCCACAACUGGACGAUCAAAGCCACCAUCCGCGGGGACGUGCUGCGCGAGCUGGGCGUCAUCUACAACGGCAACUACUACGCCAUCUCGGAGCACCCGGGCUACAAGGAGGAGACGGAGGAGAGACGCGACGCCGAAGAGGACGACGACGAGGAGGAGGAGGACAGGCUU